AUGCAUAUCGGACGCCUCCUCCCGGGAAUCGUCGCCGGCAUCACAUUAGCUCAGGCUACCCCGGUCCAAGACAGGUCUCUGGCUUCAUCCACUUCCGUAAAUACGGCGGCGGCCGUAGACAAAGAGACGCGGAACGAGCCGGCAAGCUAUUUCCGCGAAGCGAGCUUCUCUUCACGCUAUGACGAGCGCUUCGCCUCCAAGCCGCUCAAUGAGACGGCUGAGCGCGACGCCCUAAAGGUCUUGGUCCAGACCUACCUGACGAUGCUCGACGACCUGGGUGUCCAGACCUGGCUUGUUCAUGGCUCCCUCCUGGGAUGGUGGUGGAACAAACAAAUUCUCCCCUGGGAUUCGACCGCAGACGUCCAAGUCACAGUAAAUGGCAUCAGAUUCCUCGCCGCCUACUACAACAUGACGACCUACUACUACAAGUACUCUUCUAUCCCAGACGGCCGCUUCUUCCAGCUCGAGGUGAACCCCAACUACGUCCACCGGGCCAAGGACGCCGUUGGCGAGGCCGACGAGGCCGACGCCCGCUGGAUCGACAUGGACAGUGGCCUUUUCAUCGACGUCACCGCCGAGGACCGCAACACGUACCUUGACCCACUGUUGGAGACCGUCUUUGAGGGUGUCAAGGCCAAGAUCCCGUACAAGUACAAGGAGAUGCUUAUUUCUGAGUACGGAGAGAAGGCUUUGACGGACAAGGAGUUCAACAACCACAAAUUCAUCGACAACAAGAUGGAGUGGGUUCCCAACGACGAGCUCUGA